CUCGUUUCAGCCCACGCCGCCAUCUUGGAUAGUUCGCAUUGUGUGCGUGUGUGUCGUUUUGGUCGGUGCCCGCAAAAGUGUCCCAUUUUUCGCACAUUUUUAAGCCCCAAACCGCGCCAGAAACGUACGCAGCGGUAGGCUAAAGUGUGCCCCACGCAAAGGGCAAACGGUGGAAAGUUAGUGUUCAGGGAAAAUCCGAAAAACCCGCCCCCGAUUGACGAUGGCUUCCGACGAGGAAAUUGAUGAAUCCAUUGCCGAGGAAGAGGGCGGUCUGAUGGACGAGGCAGCGGACGCGUCGCUCGCCGCCGACGCGGACGACGGUUCGGACGAGGAGGCCAACACGAAGGGCAACGCGCACCAGGACGAGGACGAUGAUUACGAGCCGGAAGAUAAUCGCAAAAAGAAGAAGGGCAAAAAGCGCAAAGCACGUAGCAGCGACGAGAAGCGCGGCCGGAAGAAGAAAAAGCGCAAGAAGAACGACAGCGGGGACGAGAGCGAUCAGAAGCAGAGUGACGAUGGCGGUGGUAGCAGCAGUGCGGCGGCAGCAGCAGCCGCCGCAGCCGCGGCAGCAGCAGCACAGGCCGAAUCGGACUACGAAUCACGGCCGAAGCGUGGUCGCGAUCGGAAGAAGGGUAGCAGUAGCCGGGGCGGUGGCGAGGCCGAGAAGAAGGCGGCUGCGGCUGCGGCGGCCGCGGCCGAGGAGAAGGAAAAGAUGCCCACGAUACAGGAGGUGUGCAGCUCGUUCGAUCUGACGGACGUGAAGAUCGAGUACACGGACGACGAUUUCGAGAAUCUGGUCACGUUCAAGCUGUUCCAAACGCACGUACGGCCGAUCCUGACGAAGGAAAAUCCGCGCGUCCCGAUGGCGAAGCUGAUGAUGCUUGUGGCGGCCAAGUGGCGCGAAUUUUGCUCGCUGAAUCCAAACAUUUCGAGCGAGGAUGCGACGGCACCGGACGGGGGCCGAGAGGACGAGGCUCCGCCCACCCCGGAGUACGUGCCGAAGUCGAGCCGGUCGCGCAGCAAGAUGGAAAACAAGCACGAGGACAUGGUGUACGACGACGAGGACGAGGAAGAGGAGGAAGAGGUGGAGCGGGAGCGGACGCGGAAAAGCAAAAAAGGCAAAAGUGGUGGUGGUGGUGGUGGUGGUGGGGGAGGCGGCGCAGGAGGCAGCAGCAGCAGCACCAAGAAGGGUGGCGGUGGAAGCAGCCGCAAGCAGAAGGUGCCGACGCUGAAGAUUAAGUUCGGCAAGCGCAAGAACGCCAGCUCGGACGAGGAGCAGGAUGCGAGCGGUGGGUCGGAGCGCGAAUCGGACGCAGAGUUCGAAAAGAUGCUGCAACAGUCCGAGUCGGAAAAGCCGGAAAAGCCGGAACGUGGCGAAUCGUCCGGUGGGGGUGAGGCGGGAGCGGCGGCGGGCGGUGCGGAUGAUGCGUCCGAUCAGCCACCGGUGCGCAAGAAGGCCAAGACGAAGAUUGGCAACAAGUCGAAGAAGAAGAACAAGUCGAAGAAGAGCAAGUUCCCGGACGGUGGGGAGGAGGGUGAGCACGAGCAUCAGGAUUACUGCGAGGUGUGCCAGCAGGGGGGUGAGAUCAUUCUGUGCGAUACCUGCCCCAAGGCGUACCAUCUCGUGUGCCUCGAUCCGGAGCUGGAGGACACGCCCGAGGGUAAGUGGUCGUGUCCGACGUGCGAGGCGGAAGGGCCGGCCGACGAGGACGACGACGAGCAUCAGGAGUUCUGCCGGGUGUGUAAGGAUGGGGGCGAGCUGCUCUGCUGCGACAAUUGCCCGUCCGCGUAUCACACGUUCUGCUUGAACCCGCCGCUGGACGACAUUCCCGACGGGGAGUGGCGAUGUCCGCGGUGCAGCUGCCCACCGUUGGCGGAGAAGGUGCAGAAGAUCCUGACCUGGCGCUGGACCGACAAACCCAUCAAUCCGGACGAACCGUCCACGUCGAAGGGCGCGGCGGCCGGUACGACACGCCGCCGAGAGUAUUUCGUGAAGUGGGUCGAAAAGUCGUACUGGCACUGUGAUUGGAUUACCGAGCUGCAGCUCGACGUGCACCAUCCGCUCAUGUUCCGGUACUAUACGCGCAAGAACGACAUGGAAGAACCGCCCAAGCUGGAGGAAGCGCUCGACGAGGAGGACAACCGCUACAAGCGCAUCCAGCGCAUGCGCGAAACGAACAGCAAUCUGAACGAAACCGAGCUGGAGGAGAAGUACUACCGGUACGGCGUGAAGCCGGAAUGGCUCAUGGUGCAUCGCGUGAUCAACCACCGCACGAUGCGGGACGGCCGCACACUGUAUUUGGUCAAAUGGCGCGAGCUACCGUACGAUCAAGCGACCUGGGAAGAUGAGGAGGAUGACAUCGCGGGGCUAAAGAUGGCCAUCGAGUACUAUCUCGAUCUUCGCGCCAACUGUUCCCAGGACAUUGGCGGAUCGGGCAGCGGGGGCAGUGGAAGUAGCAAGAAGAACAAGAAAAAGGGUCGCCGCCGGUUGCGCGAGCUGGAGGAAGAGGAGCGGACGGCGGGCGUGAAGCGGUACACACCGCCGCCGGAAAAGCCCACCACAGAUCUGAAGCGAAAGUUCGAGGUGCAGCCGCCGUACCUGGACGAGACGGGCAUGCGGCUCCAUCCGUAUCAGCUCGAGGGUAUUAACUGGUUGCGCUACUCGUGGGCAAACGGAACCGACACCAUUCUGGCCGAUGAGAUGGGGCUGGGUAAGACGAUCCAGACCGCCACAUUUCUGUACUCCCUGUACAAGGAGGGACAUUGCCGGGGACCGUUCCUGGUGGCGGUACCGCUCUCGACCAUCAUUAACUGGGAGCGUGAGUUUGAAACGUGGGCGCCCGAUUUCUACUGCAUUACGUACGUCGGAGACAAGGAAUCGCGAGCGGUUAUACGCGAAAAUGAGCUGUCGUUCGAGGAGGGAGCGGUGCGGGGUGGCAAAGCGUCCCGCAUCAGGGCUAGCUCGAUCAAGUUCAACGUGCUGCUGACGAGCUACGAGCUCAUCUCGAUCGAUGCCGCCUGCCUGGGUUCGAUUGAUUGGUCGGUGCUGGUGGUGGACGAGGCCCAUCGGCUCAAGUCCAACCAGAGCAAGUUCUUCAAGGUGCUGAACGCGUACAACAUCGCCUACAAGCUGCUGCUGACCGGUACCCCGCUGCAGAACAAUCUCGAGGAACUGUUCCAUCUGCUCAACUUCCUCAACAAGAACAAGUUCAACGAGCUGGGCGAGUUCCAGAACGAGUUUGCGGACAUCUCGAAGGAGGAGCAGGUGAAGCGGCUGCACGAGAUGUUGGGCCCGCACAUGCUGCGUCGAUUGAAGGCGGACGUGCUGAAGAACAUGCCCACCAAGUCGGAGUUCAUCGUGCGCGUGGAGUUGUCGCCACUGCAGAAGAAGUACUACAAGUACAUCCUGACGCGCAACUACGAGGCGCUCAACCCGAAGGGUGGCGGAGGCGCCUGCUCGCUGAUCAACAUCAUGAUGGAUCUGAAGAAGUGCUGCAACCAUCCGUAUCUGUUUGCUGCGGCGGCAGAGGAAGCGCAGCUAGGUCCGGGCGGUAACUACGAGCUCCAGUCGCUAACGAAAGCGGCCGGAAAGUUGGUGCUGUUGGAGAAGAUGUUGAAGCUGCUGAAGGCGCAGGGCCACCGUGUCCUGAUCUUCUCCCAGAUGACGAAGAUGUUGGACAUUCUGGAGGACUUUUUGGAGGGACUGGGGUACAAGUACGAGCGCAUCGACGGUGGCAUUACGGGCAGCAUUCGGCAGGAGGCGAUCGAUCGGUUCAAUGCGCCGGGUGCACCCCAGUUCUGUUUCCUGCUGUCGACGCGUGCCGGUGGUCUGGGCAUUAAUCUGGCUACGGCCGAUACCGUCAUCAUCUACGAUUCCGAUUGGAACCCUCACAACGACAUUCAGGCGUUUUCGCGCGCCCAUCGUAUCGGGCAGGCGAACAAGGUGAUGAUCUAUCGGUUUGUGACGCGUAACUCGGUGGAGGAGCGGGUGACGCAGGUGGCCAAGCGUAAGAUGAUGCUGACGCAUCUCGUUGUGCGCCCCGGCAUGGGUGGAAAGGGAACGAACUUCACCAAGCAGGAGCUGGACGAUAUCCUGCGCUUCGGUACGGAGGAGCUGUUCAAGGAGGACGGCAAGGACGAGGAAGCGAUCCAUUACGAUGAUAAAGCGGUGGCGGAAUUGCUGGACCGAUCGAACAAGGGCGUCGAGGAGAAGGAGAACUGGGCGAACGAGUAUCUGUCGUCGUUCAAGGUGGCUUCCUACUCGACGAAGGAGGACGUAGAGGAGGAAACGGAGACGGAGGUGAUCAAGCAGGAGGCGGAGAACUCCGAUCCGGCGUACUGGGUGAAGCUGCUCCGACACCAUUACGAGCAGCACCAGGAGGAUCUGUCCCGUACGCUCGGUAAAGGGAAGCGAGUUCGCAAGCAGGUUAACUACACCGACGGUGGCGUGAUCCAGGCGGAUCCGGUGAAGGAAGACUCGACCUGGCAGGAGAACGUGUCGGACUACAACAAUUCCGACUAUUCCGGUGCGUCGGAUGAGGAUCGCGACGAGGAUGACGAGGAGAGCGAACUGGGCCGACGCAGCCGGCGGCGCAUCGAGCGCAAGGAAGCGGAGCGCGAUAAUCGUCCACUGCCGCCGCUGCUGGCUCGCGUCGGUGGCAACAUUGAGGUGCUGGGCUUUAAUGCGCGCCAGCGCAAGAGCUUCCUGAACGCGAUCAUGCGAUACGGUAUGCCACCGCAGGACGCGUUCCAUUCGCAGUGGUUGGUGCGCGAUUUGCGCGGCAAAUCGGAACGCAUCUUCAAGGCGUACGUGUCGCUGUUUAUGCGCCAUCUCUGCGAGCCCGGCGCGGACAAUGCGGAAACGUUUGCGGAUGGUGUGCCGCGGGAAGGGCUCAGCCGGCAGCACGUGCUCACGCGGAUCGGUGUGAUGUCGCUGAUCCGUAAGAAGGUGCAGGAGUUUGAGCACAUCAACGGGUACUACAGCAUGCCGGAGCUGAUCAAGCGUCCCUGCGAGCCGGUAAAGAUUGCGGUUCCGGCUGCAGCGGCCGCCGCCGCUGCUGCUGCUGCUGGUACGAGCGGUGAAGGUGGUGCUCCCUCGGGAGCUUCCGUUGCAGGUGGUGAAACGUCCAAAUCGGCUACCACCAGUACAAGCGCUACUCCGGCAACGAGCGCCGCACCAAGUCCUGCUCCGAAUGCAACCGCAUCCGGCGAGAAGGAGGACGAUACACAGGCGGCUGCUGCUGCUGCUGCUGCUGGUGGUGACAAGGAGAAAGCGGAUGGCGCUGACAAGGAAAAAUCGGCCGACACUGGAACGACCGCUGCCGAGGGCGAUAAGGAGGCCGAAGUGAAGAAGGAAGCGAAGGAAGAGGGUGACGAAUCCGGUGCGACGGGCGAGAAAAAGAAGGAUGACGCUGGUGCUACGGCUGCUGCUGCUGCUGCUGCUGUCACGGCGAAGGUAGAACCGAUGGAAACGGAUGGAGAGAAGAAGGAGGAAAAAUCUUCCGCCGAGGAAACGGUUGACACGAAGAACGUCAAAACGGAAGAUGAGUCGGCCGUCGCAGCGCCCAAGAAGGAGGCUGAUGAUACUGAGAAGGGUGAGGAUAGCAAACCGGCGGCGGCAGAAGCGGCUGGAGCCAAGGAGGGGGAGGAGGCAAAGAAGGACGCGGCAACCGGUCAGCCGAAGAAGGAGGUAGAGGAAGAGGACGACGAUGAUGAGGUGAAGUUCGUGGAGGAUGGCAGCACGAUUCCGCCGGUGAAAAAGCAGGAACCGGAGGUUAAGCCGGCGGCGGCUCCUGCCCCAACUACCACCACCACCACCACCACUACGACAAUCGAUGAUGAUGAUGAUGAUGUGGUGUUCGUGAAGGAUGACGAUGACGAGGUGAAGAAACCGGAACCGGUGCAGGAGAAUCUGGAGGUGCACAAGCGUGCGUUCAUGUUCAACAUCGCGGACGGAGGUUUCACCGAGCUGCACACGCUCUGGAUCAACGAGGAGAAGGCGGCGGUCCCGGGUCGGGAGUACGAGAUCUGGCACCGUCGGCAUGACUACUGGCUGCUGGCCGGUAUCGUGACGCACGGGUACGGUCGCUGGCAGGACAUACAGAACGACAUUCGGUUCGCGAUCAUUAACGAACCGUUCAAGAUGGAUGUCGGCAAAGGCAACUUCCUGGAGAUUAAGAACAAAUUCUUGGCCCGCCGCUUCAAGCUGCUCGAACAGUCGCUCGUGAUUGAGGAACAGUUGCGUCGGGCGGCGCUGCUCAACCUCGCCCAAGAUCCGAGCCAUCCGGCGAUGGCGCUGAACGCACGGUUCGCCGAGGUCGAGUGUUUGGCGGAGUCGCAUCAGCAUCUGAGCAAGGAAUCGCUGGCAGGAAACAAACCGGCCAACGCCGUACUGCACAAGGUGUUGAACCAGCUCGAGGAGCUGCUGUCGGAUAUGAAGUCGGACGUGUCGCGGCUGCCGGCGACCCUUGCCCGAAUCCCGCCCGUUGCCCAGCGGUUGCAGAUGUCGGAACGGUCGAUCCUGUCGCGGUUGGCGGCUACGGGUAACACCGUGCAGCAGAAUCCCCCGAUGUCACAGUUCCCGCCAGGCUACCAGGGUACGACACUGCCCGGCUUUGCAGCGGCCGCCGCUGCCAAUUUUGCCACCUUCCGGCCAACCUUCUCCGUGCCCGGUCAACCGACCAACUUCCCCAGUGGGGCGGGUGCCGCCGGUUCAAGCUCUUCCGGGAAGUAAAUCCGCGCUGUAACCGUAAGACCAUCUAUCAAGAGGCGCGAAAACAUCUAUCAAUUGCGAGCGAUCAACAGCUCAGCAUUGGCAGUUGGUCUGGCGUCGCGUGGACAAAUGAAUGUGAUGUAUCAGUUUUUACAAUGACAUUCUUCAUAUAAGUUCAAUUCACUUUUAUCUAGACGUAUAGAGGACGCAUACGAAUACACACACACACACAAACACACCUUCAAAACACAAAUUAUAAAGCACGAAAGCAAAAAGGGGAACCCCUUAAAAAGCUCAUGCCACCAGCACAUUGCACACUCAUAAUUGGAUUCAUUCGAUUUGGUAAAGGUAUAAGGGGGACACGUUUAACGCCUAUAUAGAACCGAGAAGAGGUCCUAUUGUGAACUGGGCCCAGGAUAGGUAGGACGCGCACCAGCGACGGAUCGGAGAAAUACAAUUGUAAGAAAGCGAUCAAGCAAACAACAACUACACAACAACAACCACAACCACAGUUAAAGUAUAAGACGUUAGAAGUAAAUUUCUUAGCGGUUAGGUUUAGUAGUGAGCUGUAGUUGCUUCACAGCUGGAUGUAUUGUAAGCGUAUAUUAAAUUAUCGACUUAAUUGGUAUAAAAACUAGCCGAGCUUCUAAAACCCGGCUUCAAUAAACUCUUGAAAAAUAAGAA